UUCUUUUCUUUCCUUGUUUCUCUGCCUAUAGAUAGACAAAGAAAGAAAGCCCUAUAAAUAGGGUAGAGAGAGUGAAGUUUAAGCACUUCGGCUUCUUUGGGAUUCUAAAUUUUCCGAAAGCUGAAGUGGCCGGAGAGUGACCAAAUUAAACCCAGGUAGGCAGGCAUGGGAAGAGGAAAGAUCGAGAUCAAGAGGAUAGAGAACACAACGAAUCGUCAAGUGACCUUUUGCAAGAGGAGAAAUGGACUGUUGAAGAAAGCUUAUGAAUUGUCAGUCCUUUGCGAUGCUGAGGUUGCCCUCAUUGUCUUCUCCAGCCGUGGCCGCCUCUAUGAGUACUCGAACAACAAUAUAAAAUCAACUAUCGAGAGAUACAAAAAGGCUUGUUCAGAUAGCACAAAUGCAAGCUCUAUUACAGAAAUUAAUGCUCAGUAUUAUCAACAAGAAUCAGCAAAGCUGCGGCAACAAAUCCAAAUGCUACAGAAUUCAAACAGGCAUCUAAUGGGUGACUCCUUGAGUUCCCUAACAGUGAAGGAGCUAAAGCAGCUGGAGAAUAGGCUUGAACGAGGCAUUACUAGAAUCAGAUCAAAGAAGCAUGAAUUGUUGCUGGCUGAAAUUGAAUACUUGCAGAAAAGGGAGAUUGAGCUCGAAAAUGAAAGUGUUUGUCUUCGAACCAAGAUAGCAGAAAUUGAGAGGCUUCAGCAAGCAAACAUGGUAACUGGGGCAGAGCUGAAUGCAAUUCAGGCACUAACCUCUCGCAAUUUCUUUGGUCCGCAUAUGAUUGAGGAUGGAACUGCCUACUCUCAUCCCGACAAGAAGAUUCUCCAUCUUGGGUAAUCACUAGUAAUGUCAAGUGGGCCAUGUUGGAUUGUUAUGUAUUUUGUAAUUCGAAGAAUAAAGAUACCAAAACUCUAGUAUCUCUACGUGAUGUGUGUCCCAAUUAAAACUGGAGCUAGUGUUCGUGUAUAGUUCCUGCAUGCUACCGCUUGCCUAUGGAACUUACCGUGUCCUCUACCAGAUUGAAGACGUGAACAUGGCUAUGUCCCUUAUAACCAGCGUAAUCACUGGUUCGCUAGCUGUCCAAGAUCAGUGAUUAUGCUAGUUUUCUAAAAUGUUUGUUUGUUUGUUUGGUGUGAGUGAUUUCUCUCUUAUAACUAUAUAAAUUGAAGUAACGUACUAACUCAUACCUUUUAAUAUUCUGGAUGGAUAUCAUUGACUCGUGUUAUUUUACUA